GGAGGUUCCGCCGCCCGCCAGGCCCCGGGCACAGGAAUCCCAAGAGGAAUCCGUAAAUCCCGGGAAUUUUUGCCUCUGGAAGCUCGGGAUGCAUUAGAAUUCCAAGAAUUCCCUUUCCCUGAGGAAUGCAGCACCAUGCGCUGCCUGGCCCGCCUCAGCUCCAAGGCGCUGCUGGUUCUCUGCGCGCUCCUGGCGCUGCUCUCGCUGCUCCUCUGGAGCCGCUGCUCCCACCAUUCCCAAACCCCGGCGCGGCCCCCGGAGCGCCCCGAGGAGGAGGAGGAGGAGGAAGCCUCGCCCCGGGACGCUCCGGGAAUCCCGGGAAGCGCUGGGAAAGCGGCUGCGCUGCGCUACGAGGAGAUCGACUGCGUCAUCAACGAGGAGCAGACGGUGAAGGGGCGGCGCGAGGGCUCCGAGGUUUUCCUGCCCUUCAGCUGGGUGGAGAAAUACUUCCAGGUGUACGGCAGGAUCACCGGCUCCGACGGGAACGAGCGCUUCGAGUUCUCCCACAGCUACUCCAAGGUGUACGCGCAGCGCGCGCCGUACCGGCCCGACGGCGUCUUCAUGUCCUUCGAGGGCUACAACGUGGAGCUGCGCGACAGGGUCAAGUGCAUCAGCGGGGCUGAAGGAGUUCCCGUCUCCACGCAGUGGGGCCCUCAGGGCUACUUCUACCCCAUCCAGAUCGCCCAGUACGGCCUGAGCCACUACAGCAAGAACCUGACUGAGAAGGCGCCGCACGUGGAGGUGUACGAGACAGCGGGAGACGGGAUCGGGAGCGUCGGGAAUAGCGGGAACGAGGGCGGGAACGGCCGCUGGACCGUGCCCAAGGGCUGCACCCUCGCCACCGUCUGGGACAAAUCCCGCCUCACCGCCGUCAAGCAUUUCUCCUGCCCCGAAAACUCCGAGGGCGUUUCCCUGGAGCUGAACAACGGCCGUGAUUUCAUCAUCUCCUUCGACCUGAAGCUGCAGGGCAACGGCAGCGUCUCGGUGCUGCUGGAGACCACGGAGCGGGGCCGGCCGCUGGCCGUGCGCUACGCGCCGGGGGCGCCGCUGCUGUUGGGAGAAGGUUUCAAAUCCCUGGAGCCGGGCUGGUACUCGGCCAUGGCGCAGGGCCAGGCCAUGUCCACGCUGGUCAGGGCGUACCGGCUGACCGGGGAGCCGGCCUUCCUGAGCGCCGCGCUGCGCGCCACCGCGCCCUUCAAGCUGCCGGCGGAGCGGCGCGGCGUCAAGGCGGUGUUCAUGGAGCGGCACGACUGGUACGAGGAGUACCCCACCACGCCCAGCUCCUUCGUGCUCAACGGCUUCAUGUACGCCCUGAUCGGCCUCUACGACCUGAAGGAGAUGGCGGGCGAGGAGCGGGGCCGCGAGGCGCGGCUGCUCUACGAGCGCGGCAUGGAGUCGCUGAAGGCCAUGCUGCCGCUCUUCGACACCGGCUCCGGCAGCGUCUACGACCUGCGGCACUUCACGCUGGGCACGGCGCCCAACCUGGCGCGCUGGGAUUACCACACCACCCACAUCAACCAGCUGCAGCUGCUCGCCUCCGUGGACGACGCGCCCGUCUUCAGGGAGUUCGUCAAGAGGUGGAAGAGUUACCUGAGAGGGGGCAGAGCCAAGCACAACUGAGAGCCGGGGACGGAGAGGAGAGCGGGGCCGAGGGACGGCGGGGAGCGGGAACGUUGAGGGGGAGCGGUGACGCGCGGGUCCCAAAAUAAAGGAAAAAUGGGAUUUUGGGAUUGCUGCGGGGGAGUCAGGGCAGAGAGGUCGCAAAAACUAGGAAAAAUGGGAUUUGGGAUUGCUGUGGGGGAGCGGUGACAGAGAGAUCCCAAAAACAAGGAAAAAAUGGGAUUUUGGGAUUGCUCCGGGGAAGUCACAGCCUGGCAGGGAGUGUUCCCAAAAACAAGGAAAAAAUGGAAUUUGGAACUGCUGCAGGGAAGUUGUGACCUGGCAUGGAGAGGUCCCAAAAACAAGGAGAAACUGGGAUUUGGGAUUGCUCCAGGGAAGUCAUGGCAGAGAGGUCCCAAAAACAAGGGAAAACAGGAUUUGGGAUUUCUUCAGGGAAGUCACAGCCCGGCACAGAGCAUUCCCAAAAACAAGGAAGAAUGGGAUUUGAAACUGCUGCAGGGAAGUGGUGACAGACAAUUCCCAAAAACAAGGAGAAACCGGGAUUUGAAAUUGCUCCGGGGAAGUUACGGUCCGGCACAGAGCGUUCCCAAAAUAAAUAGAAAAACUGGGAUUUGGAACUGCUGCAGGGAAGUCACGACAGAGAGUUCCCAAAAUAAAGGAAAAACCGGGAUUUGAAAGUGCUCUGGGGAAAUCACAGCCUGGCACGGAGAGUUCCCAAAACCAAGGAAAACUGGGAUUUGGAACUGCUGCAGGGAAGUCAUGACAGUUCCCAAAAUAAAGGAAAAACCGGGAUUUGAAAGUGCUCCGGGGAAAUCGUGGAAUCGCGGCUCAGCAUGGAGCAUUCCCAGAAAAAGUGGGAUUUAAAACUGCUCUGGGGAAAUCAUGGAAUCACAGCCAGGCACGGAGCGUUCCCAAAAAACGGCAGGUGCUGGAAGUGCUCCAGGAAAAUCGCCGCUCCCAUUCCCGGCGCGGGAAGCUUUGGGAUCGGGACGCUCCCACCCGGAGCUCCGGGCAGGGAUUUAUUGGGAUUGGUUUUGCCUUUUCCAAGGAAAAGGUUUUGCAGGAGCCACAGAAACCUUGGAAUUGCGGCCCAGAGAGCUCAUCCGGGGCCUCUCCCGGCGGGAUUUGGGAUUUGCUCCGUGUGGGAGCAACUCCCGUGGGAAGCGCUCGGAGCCGGGGGGGCUGUUCCUCGGGAUUGGCCUUUUCGGGAUGAGAGAUCCGCGCUUGGAAUUCUGGAGAUCCUGGAGCUGCUGGAGGGAUUUUUCAUGGAAAACGCAUGGCCGGCGUCAUGGAAGCACAACUGGGAGCCUGGAGCACACAGCGCUGGGAUCCGUGUCCUGGUCACUGGAAUUCCCUGGGAACUGGGAUCCUGUAUCCCAGUCACUGGAAUUCCCUGGGAAUGGGAUCCCAUAUCCCAGUCACUGGAAUUCCCUGGGAACUGGGAUCCCGUAUCCCAGUCACUGGAAUUCCCUGGGAAUGGGAUCCCGUAUCCUGGAUCUCCGUGUUUUCUAUGGGAUUUUGGAAUUCCAUCUGGAGAUUCCUCAGAGCUCUGGGGACGUUUUUGGGAAUGGCUCAAGUGGGACCUGGAGUCCCUCAGGAAAUUUGGGAAUUCGGGAAUCGCCAUUUUUCUCCUGCUCCAGCCCAUCCCGCGUUUUCCCAGCUCCAUCCC